CGCCCUCCUGUCGCUGGAACAGCGCCACCUACCGGCUGUGACGUGAUCAAGCCGCUGCGCGUGCGCAGGCGGGCGCCGGACAAGAUGGCGACGACUAAUGGAGGAGGGAUGGAAGUGGACGGAGCAGCCACCCCCAGUGUGAUGGCCUCGGGGGUCACUGGGAGCGUUUCUGUGGCUUUACACCCUCUGGUUAUCCUGAACAUAUCGGAUCACUGGAUACGCAUCCGCUCCCAGGAGGGACGACCCAUGCAGGUGAUUGGUGCUCUGAUUGGGAAGCAAGAGGGCAGAAACAUCGAGGUCAUGAACUCUUUUGAGUUGCUGUCACACACCAUAGAAGACCAAGUGCAUAUUGACAAGGAGUACUACUACACCAAGGAGGAACAGUUCAAACAGGUUUUCAAAGAUAUGGAGUUUUUGGGCUGGUACACUACAGGCGGUCCCCCAGACCCAUCAGAUAUCCAUAUUCACAAGCAGGUGUGUGAGAUCAUUGAGAGUCCCCUCUUCCUUAAGCUCAACCCAAUGACCAAACACACAGAUCUUCCUGUUAGCGUAUAUGAAUCUGUAAUAGACAUCAUCAACGGCGAGGCUACCAUGUUGUUUGCUGAGCUGACAUACACUUUGGCUACAGAGGAAGCAGAGAGGAUUGGUGUCGACCACGUAGCUCGAAUGACUGCCACCGGCACUGGAGAAAAUUCUACAGUUGCUGAACACCUUAUAGCCCAACACAGUGCGAUAAAGAUGCUCCACAGCAGGGUGAAGAUCAUUCUGGAGUAUGUCAAAGCGGUGGACUCAGGAGAGGUUCCUUUUAACCACGAGAUUCUUCGAGAAGCGAACGCGCUCUGCCACCGACUACCUGUUCUCAGCACCACAAAGUUCAAAACUGACUUCUAUGAUCAAUGUAACGAUGUGGGCCUCAUGGCCUAUUUAGGCACCAUCACCAAGACGUGCAACAGCAUGAACCAGUUCAUCAACAAGUUCAACGUGCUGUAUGACAGACAGGGCAUCGGCCGCAGGAUGAGAGGACUUUUCUUUUGAGCUGGCACAAAGGAGCACUGAAGAUUUUGUUGUAUUCUUUGGGGCGGUUAAUCAACAACAUGCAAAACCAAAAGUAGCUUUUCAGAGCAUUUUAAGUCACAAGUGUAUCUGAAACAGUUGCACCAAUCAGUAAACAGACUGAUGUACAAAAAUCACUUAUGUCCAUGCUCAUCCUUCAGUGUGCACAGCAAAUGAUCCACUGUACAUGAAACUUUAUUUUAUUGUUACUAUAUGUAAUAAACAAUGUUUUUUUU